CCCUCAGCGCUGCGGGCGGAGAGAUCGCGGUGCCCGUGCCCAGGCAGCUCCGGAGGAGGGGAGCGCCCAGCCGAGAUGGCUGAGGGCUAGCGGGGUGCAUUCGGGACCAUGAUGGCUCAGUUUCCCGCAGCCGUGAAUGGAGGGCCAAACAUAUGGGCCAUCACCUCCGAAGAGCGGGCCAAGCACGACAAGCAGUUUGAUAGCCUUAAACCCACGGGAGGUUACAUUACAGGUGAUCAAGCACGUACCUUUUUUUUGCAAUCAGGUCUGCCAUCUUCAAUCCUUGCUCAAAUAUGGACACUCUCGGACCUGAACAAGGAUGGAAAAAUGGAUCAACUGGAGUUCUCUAUAGCUAUGAAACUCAUCAAGCUGAAAUUGCAAGGACAGCACUUGCCUUCAGUUCUCCCUCCUGUCAUGAAACAAACUCCAGUGUUUUCACCACUAAUGUCAGCUCGCUUUGGAAUGGGUAGUAUGCCAAAUCUGUCCAUGCCAACGUCUGUGUCUGCGAUCACACCAUUAGCUCCCAUGUCUCUGACCUCCAUGACUUCCAUUCCUCCUCUGGUUAUCUCUGCUCCCCUGGUGCCUUCUGUCAGUACUUCCUCGUUGCCAAAUGGAACAUCCAGCCUUCUGCAGCCUUUGUCCAUACCUUUCUCCUCAACACUGCCUCAUACUGGCUCUUUAGGCCCCAUGGCAGGAGGAUUUAGUGGUUCCAGUAUGCAGAAGGCACAGUCACUAAUUGAUUUAGGAUCUAGCAGUUCAAAUUCUUCCUCUAGUGCAUCACUAGCUGGGAAUUCACCAAAGAUUACGUCCUCAGACUGGGCAGUUCCUCAGGCCUCCAGGUUAAAAUACAGACAGAAAUUUAACAGUCUUGAUAAAAGUAUGAGUGGAUAUUUAUCAGGAUUUCAAGCAAGGAAUGCCCUUCUGCAAUCAAAUCUUUCCCAGACUCAGCUGGCUACUAUUUGGUCCCUGGCUGAUAUAGAUGGAGAUGGGCAGCUGAAGGCUGAUGAGUUUGUGUUGGCCAUGCACCUCACAGACAUGGCCAAAGCGGGGCAGCCACUGCCCCUGACUCUGCCUCUUGAGCUGGUGCCACCUUCUUUCAGGAGUGGAAAAUAUACUGAAAAUAUAAAUGGAACUCUGCCAUCUUACCAACCUGUGCAAGAGGAGGAGCCACAGAAAAAACAGCCAGUGACAUUUGAGGACAAAAGAAAAGCCAACUAUGAGAGAGGAAAUAUGGAGCUGGAAAAACGCCGCCAGGUCCUGCUGGAGCAGCAGCAGAGAGAGGCUGAAAGAAAGGCUCAGAAAGAACGGGAAGAACAGGAGCGAAGAGAGAGGGAGCGCCAGGAGCAGGAACGGAAGAGGCAACUGGAAAUGGAAAGGCAGCUGGAGCGACAACGAGAGCUGGAGAGACAAAGGGAAGAAGAAAGGAGGAAAGAAAUAGAAAGGCGGGAGGCAGCAAAGCAGGAGCUCGAGCGCCAGCGACGACUGGAAUGGGAGAGAAUCCGUCGCCAAGAACUUCUUAAUCAGCGUAACAGGGAACAAGAGGAGAUUGUCAAGUUGACCUCUAAAAAGAAGAGCCUUAAUCUUGAAUUAGAAGCCCUGACUGACAAACAUCAGCAGAUCUCAGGCAGGCUGCAGGAUAUUCGUAGCAAAAAGCAAAUGCGGAAGACUGAGCUGGAGGCUUUGGAUAGGAAAUAUGACCAAGGAAUCAUGGAAGUCAAGCAACUACAGCAACAACUUGAAGAUUAUCAGAAUAAACUAAUCUAUUUGGUUCCUGAAAAGCAGUUAUUAAAUGAAAGGAUAAAAAAUGCUCAACUUGAAAACACUCAGAGUACAGGAGUCAAUUCAGUGCUCAAGAAGUCCCAAGAAAAGGAAGAGUUAUGCCAAAGACUUAAGGAACAACUAGAUGCCCUUGAGAAGGAAACUGCUUCUAAACUUGCUGAAAUGGAUGAAUUUAACAGUCAGCUUAAGGACCUGAGGGAAAGUUACAGCACACAGCAAUUAGCCUUGGAGCAGCUCCACAGGAUCAAACAGGACAAAAUAAGAGAGGUACAAAAAAGAAGAGCUGAACUGGCACAGAAGAAGCGACUGGAAGAUGAGGCUGCAAGGAAAGCAAAACGGGAGAAGGAGAACCGAUGGCAGGAAAAUAUCCGAAGGGAAGAGGAAGAGAAAAAGAAGCGAUUGGAGGAAGAACGAAUGCAGGAAAAAGUCCAAGAAAAGCUGAAAGCUGAAGAAGCAGCUGCCAUGAUGAGAGAAAGGGAAAACAAACAACAGCUUCUUGCAGAGGAGGAGAAAAAUAGACAAGACACGAUCUUGAGGGAGGUGGAACAACAAAGGCAGAGGCAACUGGAAGAAGAUAAAAGAAAGCAAGAACAAAUAGCAAAAGAAGCUGAGGAGAGGCGCAAGCAGAACGAAGAGAUAAAAAAGAUAAAAGAGGCAAGCAACUCUCAAGAGGUGGAGAAGCACAUUUCUAAAAUAAACAUAAAUGAAAAGUUUGCAGAUCUGUUGAAGCCAACAGAGGGGAAAAGUCUUAAGCCACCCUGGAAAAAUGAAGGUAAUGCAGUUGGUGCUGCAGAGUCAAGGAAUUCCAUUGCCGUCGUAAAUUACAGAGCUUUGUAUCCAUUUGAGGCAAGGAACCACGAUGAGAUGAGCUUUAAUACUGGAGAUGUAAUUCAGGUUGAUGAAAAAACUGUGGGAGAGCCUGGUUGGCUUUAUGGGAGUUUUCAAGGGCGUGUUGGUUGGUUUCCGUGCAAUUAUGUAGAAAAAAUACCAGAAGGAGAAAAAGCUUUAUCUCCUAAGAAAGCCUUACUUCCUCCUACAGUAUCUUUAUCUACUACCUCAGCUGCUUCAGAACCACUUUCACCAAGUAAAUCUGCAGAAGAACCUGAUUACCAAAACGUCCCCUUUUCCAGCCUGAAUGUUAACACAGCCUGGCAGCAGAAAUCAGCUUUUACUCGCACUGUGUCCCCUGGAUCUGUUUCACCUGUUCAUGGACAGGGGCAGCCUGUAGAGAACCUAAAAGCACAAGCACUUUGCUCUUGGACUGCAAAAAAAGAUAACCACUUGAAUUUUUCAAAGAAUGACAUCAUCACUGUCCUGGAGCAGCAGGAGAACUGGUGGUUUGGAGAGGUACAUGGAGGAAGGGGUUGGUUUCCAAAGUCCUAUGUCAAGCUCUUACCUGGGAGUGAGACCAAGAAGGAGGAACCAGAAGCUAUUUAUGCAGCUGUAAACAAAAGGCCUAAUACCCAGAGUUACACAGCAGGAGAGGAGUACAUUGCCCUCUAUCCUUACUCAAGCUCUGAGCCCGGUGACCUGACGUUCAUGGAAGGGGAGGAGAUCCUGGUGACCCAGAAGGAAGGGGAGUGGUGGACUGGGAGCAUCGAUAACAGAACUGGAAUCUUCCCCUCCAAUUAUGUCAGACCAAAAGAUCCAGAUGCUUCUAGCUAUGCUGGCAAAACUGGAACAAUAAAUAAGAAACCCGAAAUCGCUCAGGUUACUACUGCCUAUGCUGCAUCAGGAACUGAACAGCUCAGUCUCGCUCCAGGACAGCUGAUACUUAUUCUGAAGAAAAAUGCCAGUGGAUGGUGGCAAGGAGAGUUGCAGGCAAGAGGGAAAAAGAGACAGAAGGGAUGGUUCCCUGCCAGCCAUGUGAAGCUGCUGGGUCCAAGCAGUGAAAGAACCACAUCAGCUGCUCCCUCAGUGUGUCAGGUGAUAGCCAUGUACGAUUACACGGCCAACAAUGAGGACGAGCUCAGUUUCUCCAAGGGGCAGCUGAUCAAUGUGCUGAACAAAGAUGAUGCUGACUGGUGGCAAGGAGAAAUCAAUGGUGUGACAGGUCUCUUCCCCUCAAACUAUGUGAAGAUGACCACAGAUUCUGAUCCAAGUCAGCAGUGGUGUGCUGAUCUCCAGAGCCUUGACACCAUGCAGCCCAUGGAAAGGAAAAGGCAGGGCUACAUUCACGAGCUCAUUCAGACAGAAGAAAGGUACAUGGAUGAUCUGCAGCUCGUCAUAGAGGUUUUUCAGAAACCAAUGGCUGAUUCAGGCUGUCUCACAGAAGGAGAAAUGGGGCUGAUCUUUGUUAACUGGAAGGAACUCAUCAUGUCAAAUACAAAGUUACUGAAAGCCUUGCGGGUGCGUAAGAAAACCGGGGGCGAGAAGAUGCCGGUGCAGAUGAUCGGGGACAUCCUGGCAGCUGAGCUGUCCCACAUGCAGGCCUACAUUCGCUUCUGCAGCUGCCAGCUCAACGGAGCCUCCCUGCUGCAGCAGAAAACUGAUGAAGAUGCUGAUUUCAAAGACUACUUAAAGAAACUUGCCCUGGACCCUCGCUGCAAAGGAAUGCCCCUCUCCAGCUUCCUCCUGAAACCCAUGCAAAGGAUAACGCGCUACCCUCUGCUCAUAAAGAGUAUUCUAGAGAACACUCCAGAGAGCCACCCGGAUCACAGUAACCUGCGGCUCGCCCUGGAGCGUGCGGAGGAGUUGUGCUCCCAGGUGAACGAGGGCGUGCGUGAGAAGGAGAACUCGGACAGGCUGGAAUGGAUCCAGGCCCACGUCCAGUGUGAAGGCCUUGCUGAGCAACCCGUGUUCAAUUCCCUCACAAACUGCUUGGGACCACGGAAGCUCCUGCACAGUGGGAAGCUGUACAAGGCCAAGAGCAGUAAGGAGCUGUAUGGAUUCCUUUUCAAUGACUUCUUGCUGCUUACUUACAUGGUUAAACAGUUUGUGUCUUCUGGAUCUGAUAAGCUCUUCAGCCCCAAAUCCAACUCCCAGUUCAAGAUGUACAAAAUGCCGGUUUUCCUUAAUGAAGUCCUGGUGAAGCUGCCCACAGACCCUUCAAGUGAUGAGCCAGUUUUUCACAUAUCACACAUUGACAGAGUUUACACACUUAAAACUGACAACAUUAACGAGCGGACUGCCUGGGUCCAGAAAAUCAAAGCGGCAUCAGAGCAAUACAUUGAAACGGAGAAGAAGAAACGUGAAAAGGCUUAUCAAGCUCGUUCACAGAAAACCUCAGGAAUAGGACGUUUGAUGGUGCACGUGAUUGAAGCAACGGAACUAAAGGCCUGUAAGCCCAAUGGGAAGAGCAACCCCUACUGUGAGAUCAGCAUGGGCUCACAGAGCUACACUACCAGGACCCUGCAGGACACCCUGAACCCCAAGUGGAACUUCAACUGCCAGUUCUUCAUCAAGGAUCUGUAUCAGGAUGUCCUGUGUAUCACCAUGUUUGACAGGGAUCAGUUCUCACCUGAUGAUUUUUUGGGUCGCACUGAAGUUCCAGUAGCAAAAAUCAGAACAGAACAAGAGACCAAAGGCCCCACAACUAAACACUUACUGCUGCAUGAAGUUCCAACAGGAGAAGUGUGGGUGCGCUUUGACCUGCAGCUCUUUGAUCAGAAAACACUCCUCUAAGAAUGCUUGUUUUUAAUUUAUGAAGGACAACUGAAGCUGACAGCCUGAACAUCUUUUGGUGAAAGGUUCCUUGUCCCACGCUGGUUACUAAGCAAGAAUUCCUGCUGCUUUUGUAUUUCCUCUUAGUUCCUGGUUGUGCUUAGUUCCUUGCAGUUCCGAGUUGUUGUUGAUCUAUGCAAACACAAAUGUUACUGUAAAUACAGUACUAUAGGUCAGUGCCUUUUUAUUAUGUUGGAAUAUCUUGGGUUUGGAUGCCAAUGUUUCCAUUUUCAGGGCCAUAAAAAGUAUUAUGUAGAAAUGUGGCACCAAGCUGUUUGUAAAUUUUACCACUUAGUCUGACAGACAGACUGAGGAAUGGUUUAAGCUCAGCACUAGAAUCAUUCCAUUGAAAUCUUAAAAGUGAUAUCCACUGGAAUUUUCCCAUCUCAGGAUGAUAGUUUUAACGGUUAAAUGCUGAAGAAGCCUUAGCACUUGAGAAGUCUCCAAUAUAUUGUAUAUUCUUUUAAGAAUCAAUUGUAUUUCUUUACUUGACUUUAGUUCUGCACUGGAAUCAGUAACUGCUACUUGAUUUUUCUUUCUGCUUCUGUUUAUCAUUCUCUGCUGAGACAAUGUGGUUGUGAAGAAUAACUAGAAAAAAAUAUUUUAAAUACUGUGACCCACAACAAUGUGGCAAAAUACUCUUCCGCUCUUUGGGUUUUUUUCCUAAAUAUAAGUUAUUUGUGUACAUUUCCUUGGUCUUGCAGACCUCCAAGUGAAUCUUGAAGCUUUGACAUUGCCAACAUGUAUAUAGAGAGUAAAAUAUAAGUUUAUUAAUUUGUCUACAGAUGUUUAUUGAUGCAUAGUGAUUUUUAAAAAGUAUAUUUUAUUGUAAAUGGGAAUAUGAAAUAAUGAGAAAAACUUCUAGGAUUUGUUCAAGGAAAGUUUAUUACAAGUUUAAAGGGUUUGCUCUUGGGAACUUCAUCCCAAUAUAAAAUUGUAAAAUGAAGUGGUUGAAAGCAAAAACUUUCUCUCCAAAAACUUUCUCUUGGCACCAAAUCAGGAAGGUUUAAAAAAGAAAAGGAAGUUUGUUUAUAAAUAUUUGAUACAUUGUAACCACUUGCUGCCUCCUUUAAAGUGCUUUGUUGCAGAAGCACAGCAUGCAGUUCUGAGCAGCCCGUGCCCUUGUUUUCCACGGGUGCAUAAAUUCCUCCUGAAGUCUGGCAGUUUCCCACCAGUCACCAUCUGUCCACCCUCCUGUUACUGAGUCAACCUUUGUUCCAUUUAACAGUUUUCUGUGGUUCAGUAUUUCUAAUCCUAAAUAAAACUCAGUUCUUGGCAACUCUUGAGAGAUUGUGUCUGUACAAUGGGAGUUUGGAGAACAGAGAAAAUUCAGUUUCCAGGCUUUGAGCCCGGAGCUGCUGAGCAGCCACACCAGCAGGGAGGUGGGACUGCACUGGCACAGGAGAGGGACAGGUUUGAGGGCACUGGCAGCAGCUGCUGCUCAGCACUAACUCUCCAAAAAGCACCAGAUGUUUCGUGCACCACUUUCCAUCUCCUCUUCCUGCCUUCUCAAAACACCUAUGAUGUAUGUUAAAAGUUUGAUUUACUGCUUGGAUACUGUCUCCAGGAGAGAGCAACAGCACUGUC